AUGGCUGAUAUCGCAGGCUUGGUGCUGGGCGCGAUUCCUUUGGUGAUCGCAGCCAUUGAGCACUAUCAGACAUGCUUCGAAGCUCUUCGCUGCUGGCAAGAAUUCCAAGAUGAGCAUCGCAAGUGUAUCCGAAGGAUACUGCAUUUCGAAGUUCAGUUCGAGUUUCUUCUUGUGCGUCUUUUUGGAAACCACGUGGAAGGCCGGACAGAGUUGGACCUACUCAAAGCUGGCUACAGGAGCAAGAGCUGGGACGACGUCGAAUUGAUUCUCGAGGUUCGUCUGGGUCGCGCUGUGUAUCGACUGUUCUGCGAAACGUUACGCGACGUCUGCAAGGCAGUAGAGGGCUUGAAAACGGUAUUGCAAAUCGACGAUAAGACCUUGUUAGAU